AUGAAAAAAAAUAUAUUGCUGUUUGGAUUGGCUUUUGCUGGAGGUUUUACAUAUGAAAGAUACUACCCAUAUAUAAAGGCUUUCAUUAGUGAUAAAGGUCAAAAAAAUGAUGAUCACAGCUUCAAAUCAAUGUUGGAACAAGGAAACUAUAUACAACCAAAGGUGAUUGAUAUCAUGCACUCUUCUCCAGAUAAGCAUUUCUUACACAACUUCAUUGCUCAACACAACGAGGCUCUGAAUGUGUUUAAAAUAUAUUAUCCAAACAAAUUAGAACAAAAAAUAUAUAGCGACAAUCUAGAAUCUGAAGAUAAAAUUCAUCUACACUUUGUUUUUAAUGCUGCCGACCAUCUCUAAGGACAUAGUUCCAUAGUUCAUGGAGGAUUAUUGGCAACAUUAAUAGAUAAUGCAUUUGGAUAAUUGAGUUACCUGGCAAGUGGGCAGAUUCCUACCGCAACAGCAAAUUUGAAUAUAAAUUACAGAAAACCUGUAAAAACCAACCAUGAUUACAUGAUCACAGCAGAAAUCGAUAAGAUUGAAGGCAGAAAGGUGUUCCUCAAGGCCACGAUCUAUGAUCAGGAUAAGACCAUAUGUACUGAGGCUACGGGUUUGUUUUUGACGGUUUAAUGGGGAGGACAAAUGUGGAAGAAUGCCUUAGAUAAAAUCAAGGAGGUAUCACAAAUUGACGAGAAACUAGUUAAAAUAGAUCAAAAGAAAAAAGAGUGAUAAAAAUAUUAACCCAUAGUUUAUAAUAAUCGC